UAUUGUCAUCACAAACUUUUCAUUAUUAAAUUUUGUAUUAUUUAUCACAUAUCUUUCGUGAACGAUUUUAUAUUUAACGGGAAUACAUUUUAUUUUCGUAGUCUUUCCGACCUCUUACUUUUCUCAUCCCUAGUUGCAUCGCGUAAACGCUAUAACCUAAGAGGAAUUCAGUUAAGGGCGAAUACUAAUCUGUCGCAUUUCAAAACUACACCACCACACAAAAACAUCCUCCUAUUCGAUCAUUCCCUUCUUCAUUGUUAGAUUCUGUUACUCGACCGGUCAGGACGUAUCAACUUAUUUUUUUGUCGUUCCCUGAUCUCCCCUUAUCUAGAUAUGUAUAUAUUCUACUAUACUAAAAUCAGUCGAAGCUUUAUAAAGGUGGUAGUUCUAAAACAUUGACAGUGCGCGACAGUUCGCCGGCGGUAGUUCGUAUUCCGCUUCGUUUUAGUUUAUUCUUCGUAGUUUUUAAUGAAUAGUAUAGUAAAUCACGCGUUAUAAUAAUAAGAAGAAAAGGAAAAAGAAAAAAAGAGCAUCAUAAGUUCAGAUCGUACGAUUUAAAAUAUAGAAAAAAAGAAGAAAAAGAGAAAAGAAAAGAAGGAACGGAAAAUCGUGAAGCACCGCCCUUCGUUGUAAAAGUAAUGGCCCCAUCAAGCUUCGAGUUGAUCCUCGUUGGAUUCAUCCUGUUGUUGCCCUUUCUCUAUGAAACCAGCCGGACUUUUCGUUAUUACUUCAAGUUUAUCGUGUAUUAUGGCAUUGUAACUUUCACCGCUACGAUAUUGAUACCGAUUUUUCUUCUACGACCAAGGAGUCUAAAGAAUCUUGUAUUAUCGUCAUAUCUGUGUAAUCAUAUUAGUUUUUUAUUGGGAUUGCGUUGGGAACUUAGAGGAAGAGAACAUUUGAAUCAAGAUGUAGCAUGUAUUAUAGUGGCUAAUCAUCAAAGUUCCUUAGAUCUUUUGGGCAUGUUUUAUUUAUGGCCGAUAAUGGAUAGAUGUACAGCAGUUGCUAAAAAAGAAGUCUUUUAUGCCUGGCCUUUUGGUCUUGCUGCUUGGCUAUCUGGAUUAAUAUUUAUAGAUAGAUUGAAUUCAGAAAAAGCUCGUUCUGUUAUUAAUACAGCCUCUAAGCAAUCAAAAGACAAAAAGUUCAAACUGUGGAUAUUUCCAGAAGGUACACGUCACAAUACUGGAGAAAUUCAUCCGUUUAAAAAAGGUGCCUUUUAUGCUGCAAUCAAUGCUGAGUUACCUAUACUACCAGUAGUAUUUUCAUCUUAUUAUUUUUUGUCUAACGAGGAGAAGAGAUUUGAUUCAGGUCAAGUAGUCAUAACAACAUUACCACUUAUAUCCACGAAGGGAUUAACUAAAGAUGAUGUAGAAUCAUUGAUGGAGAAAACAAGAAAUGUAAUGAGCAAAGCCUUUCAUGCAACUAGUACAGAGAUACAACGUGCACUUCCUUCUGCUAGAUCAUACAUAGAAUGAUCAUUUCUUGAAGACCCAAUUGACAAUUCUAUUUUGAUCGAAUUUCCGAAUGAAAACCAAAGACAUCUAUAUUCUUUUUGUCUGCAUCAAAUAUUAAUCGAAUAUAUUUAUUUUCAUUGUUACAUUUACAAACAAGCAUUGAUCAUAAGCAAACAAGCAUUUUAUCUUAAAUCCUGAUAAAGGUAUUGUGCGUUAAUUUAUUUUUUAUUACUUUAUAUGGUUUAUGUUAUAUGCACAUAUAUACAUAUAGCAUAUACUAAUAAUUCUUUCUAUUUUUUCUCAUUUGCAAGUUUAGCAAAAAAUUAAAUAUAUAUCAAAAGUUAAUAAUAAUUAAUUGAAAUAAAACUGUAAAUUUUACAAAGUAGUAAAGUAAAGCAAACAUUCAUUUAAAUUUUAUAUAAUUUAGUGGUACAUUUUAUAAUAGUAAUAGAAAUAUUAAUAAUUAUCAAUGGCUUAAUAGAUUACUUUACACUUUUAUUAUUAAAAAUAAAUUGUAAAUAUAUACAAGGUGUUUACCAAGAUCGUGGUAUAAUCUGAAGGAGAGACUUCUCUUUUAAGAAAAGUUAAAAAUGUAUGUAAAAAAAAUUUGUUGAACUGCAGCUUUAUUUUAAAAAAGAAUUGACUUUAAAUAUUGGCCUGAUAUAUAUAUAUAUAUAUAACGUAUAUAUAUUUAUAAUUCGCCUAAACUUUGUACUUUUAUGUUAAUAUACAAUUUACGAGUUAUAUAUAGAAAGGAUUAAAGUAAGAGAUAAAUUUAAUAACAUCUUAUCUAAAUGAAGAUAUUCAGAUCUAAUUUCCAUAAAUGAAGUCUAGAUGAAAAAGUUCUGUUUUAUAUUUUCAAGUUACUUUUUUAAUUGGAAUCAUUCCAUUCUCAGUUGUACCACAAUUUUCAGAACAUCCUAUGUAACUUGAAAAGCAUUUUUUAAUUUUGUACUAUUGAUUAAUGGUACAUAAUCAUGUUAAAGCAAUUGUAUUAUUCUCAUUAUGCACUGGAUAAUAUUUUUAUAUAAUUAUUUUACAUUCUUCCAUUUUUUAUCUAUCUAAGUUCCAUAAAUGUCAACUACAUUUCCUGAAUAAGUAUUAUUGUUAUAAGUUAAGGGUAUACUCAUUAUUAAUUAUUUAUAAAAAAAAAAAAAAAAAAAAAAAAAAAAAAAAAAUUGAAAUGGCGCAUUUCACAUUCUAUGUUUUUUUACAUGUGAAAUUUUGUGAAUGUUUUUCACCAUUCAUGAAUUAUUUUUAAAUUAUAAAAUCACAAUCAGUUUAUUGUUUUUGUCUCAUAAAAAAGGGCAUAGUAUUAUAUCAAUAUAACGAAAAAAUUUCAUUUGGAUAGCAUAAGAUACUAGUCAAUAUAUAGUCAUCACGUGCACAGCAAUUUUUUAAUAUGUCAAUACUACAAUUCAAAUCUGUCCAAUGUGUUAUUUAUAUAAUUUUUUAAGACUGUAUUCAGUUUCUGUUGCUUCCAAUUUGUACCACAAAUGAAAACAUCGAUAAAAAAAUCAUGAUAUAUGUACUAGUAUAUAUAAUACAUUAGUUUUUAAAGAAAUGUAAUUGAAAAAAAUUUUUGAUAUUGAAAUGUAUACAGACAUCACUAUGUUUAGUUAUUUCAAUCUGUACUUGUAUGCAUAAUUGGAAAUAAUGAUUUCUUUUAUGAUUAUUAUCACACACGGUCACAUGUACAGGUGACAUUGAUUUAUUGGGGCCAUAAAUAUUGUGAUUGUCUAUGCCAUUUAUUUAGUUACUAAGUAAAAUAUAAUAUCACAUAUCUGUUGAUAAAAUGUCUAAUAACAUGUCACAGUAUCUAGUCUAACACUUGACUAUUUUAUUAUAUCUUUAUAGGUCAACACAGUUCCAAAAUAGAUAAUUGUAAGAUUUUUUUAUUUGAUUCAAGGUGAUAUUAAAAUACAAUGUGUAUGUAAUAGAAAGAGAAAAACUUUUUUCAAGUUGUUUAAAUCCAUUGGACAGAGUUAUUGUUUCAACAUAUUUUGUGAAUAUUUUACUCUUUAACAGAGGCAAGGUGUACAUAUUAUCUAUGAAUUUAAAGCUAUAAGUUUUCCACUUAUAUAAACACAUGUAGGAUAUCUAUACCUAAUGGCCAUAUUAAACUUAUAGUUAAAUUUGUAGUUAAUACUUGCAAGAAUAGAUAUUAAAUGUACUGAGAGAGAAAAAGCUAUUGAGUAAUUGGUUGUCAAUAAAUAUUAUGUAUUUUAUAUUGUUGAAUUGAUGAACACUUUGAAAAAAAUAAGUUUCUAAUUCGAAUGAUAAUUAAUUAUCAAUUUAUUAUUAAUGCUAAUUCGCAUUAAUAUUUUAAAGAUUAUUUAAAAGAAAUGAUUGUUUAACUAUUAAAAAUGUCAAUAUAUUGUACCAAACAAAGCUCAUAAAUUUUUAUUUUAUAUACAUAUUUCUACUUCCAUAGAUACACUGGAUAUUAAAAUAUGUACUACUGAUAUACUGUUUACAAAAUUGUUAGAGGAACAAACAAUGUUAAGUGCUUUUAUAUUUGGGAUGCGCAUAAAAAAAGGAAAAAAAAAAAAAGUAGAUGAUCAUUUUAUAACUAAGCGAAUUAUUUGAAAAUCUCUUUUGUAUUUUAUACACUAAGAUUAAUAAUACAGUAAGGUUAAAACUGUAAAUUAUAACAAUGGCUUGUCAUGAUUGAAAAAGAAAAAUAAAUUGAAAUGUAUAGCAAACA